CCAGGAACGUCAAGAUCAUAACAGGGGUAAUGACGACAGUCAGGUUCCUUUAGCCUGAUGAUUACUGAACCAUUCGUAAGCGACACCUAUCCUGAAUCGUUUUAUAAAUUCCCCUCCUCCUUGUUGCUGUUCCACUUCGACAUCUUGAGACUCUGCAAGCCAUCAUAAUGAAGUUCUUCCAGCCAAUCGCCGCCUUCCUGUCUCUCCUCACCUCUGUCACCCCGAGCGGGGUGAUGGCGGCGGAAGGCACGGCAGUGAAUCAACAUCAGAAGGGCGAGACUGUGAAAUACCAAGGAUUGAAUCUCUAUGUAUCCAAGCCUGGGAGGUUUAACCUUGGCUACAAGAAGCCCGGGAAAAGAACCGGUGUUCUUCUUCUUACCGAUGUCUAUGGCAUCCAGCUGAAGGAGAACAGAGAAUUGGUUGAUGACUUUGCCAAACAAGGCUUUGUUACUGUUUCACCCGAUUUGUUUAAUGGUUCUCCAGCAAAGGAAACCCCAGACUUCAACAUCACUGAGUUCCUUGCCAAGCAUCCUCCCAGUGUCACUGAUCCAAUUGUUGCAAAAGCAAUCAACUACCUACGCAAUGAGCUCAAAGUGAACUCCGUCGCUGCAACAGGCUAUUGCUACGGUGGACGUUAUGUAUUUCGUUCACUGGGCCAGAACGGCAAAGUUGAUGUUGGCUUCACUGCUCAUCCCAGCCUCUUGGCUACUGACGAGAUCGAGGCUGUCAGAAAGCCUGUAUCCAUUGCUGGUGCUGCCGAGGAUCAAAUCUUCCCCCAGCCCAGACAAGCGGAGACUGAAGCUAUCCUCACCAAGAUAGGCAAGCCUUUCACUUCGGUUCUAUACAGCGGUACUACCCAUGGCUUUGCUGUUCGCGCGAAUGCAUCGAACCCGCAGCAGGUUUUUGCGAAAGGGGAAGCGUUCUAUCAAGCUGUGCGAUUCUUUAAUGCAUGGGACUAAUUUACAGCCCACAAGCUACAGAUCAAGGGCUCUUGAAAUGAAUAGCAGGGGCCUUUCACUUUCUUUCUCUUGUAAGGAUUCCUGGCACAGGACAGGGAACAUGCACCAUAUAGUUACCUGAUAACAUUGUCCAUACUUGUGAUGGCCACAACCAUUUCAAUUUGAACUUGGAGGCAUCUGAAC